GCGCAGCGCGGCGCGGCGCGGGGCAGCGAUGGCGGGCGGGGAGCAGCGCGGGGAGCGGCCCGGCGGCCCGGCGCGGGUGGCGCUGCAGAAGGAGAUCGGGCUGGGCAGCGCCUGUGCCAUCAUCAUCGGUAACAUCAUUGGUUCUGGGAUCUUUAUUUCACCCAAAGGGGUUUUGGAGCACACCGGCUCGGUGGGACUCGCUCUCAUUAUUUGGGUGCUCGGCGGUGGGGUCGCUGCCCUUGGAUCACUAUGUUACGCUGAGCUAGGAGUUACAAUCCCCAAGUCAGGAGGGGACUAUUCCUACGUCACUGAGAUUUUUGGUGGGUUAGCUGGGUUUCUGCUGCUCUGGAGCGCUGUGCUUAUCAUGUACCCUACCAGUCUGGCUGUCAUUGCGCUGACCUUCUCAAACUAUGUCCUGCAGCCUGUGUUCCCUAACUGUAUUCCCCCAUAUAAUGCCUCCAGGAUCCUCUCCAUGGUGUGUUUACUACUCCUGACCUGGGUGAACAGCUCCAGCGUUCGAUGGGCAACACGCAUUCAGGAUAUAUUUACAGCAGGAAAACUCUUAGCCUUGGCCCUUAUCAUUACUGUGGGCUUCAUACAGAUCUUUAAAGGAAACUAUGAAGAGCUGACACCCAGCAAAGCAUUCAAUUUUUGGAUGACUCCAUCUGUGGGGCAUUUAGCAUUAGCCUUCCUUCAAGGGUCAUUUGCAUUCAGUGGCUGGAACUUCUUGAACUAUGUAACAGAAGAGUUGGUUGAUCCCCGCAGGAACCUACCUCGUGCCAUAUUCAUAUCCAUCCCAUUGGUGACAUUUGUGUACACGUUCACCAACAUUGCAUAUUUCACUGCCAUGUCACCCCAAGAGCUCUUGUCCUCCAACGCUGUGGCGGUAACAUUUGGUGAAAAGUUACUGGGCUAUUUUUCCUGGGUUAUGCCAGUCUCAGUGGCCCUAUCUACAUUUGGAGGAAUAAAUGGAUACCUUUUUACCUCAUCAAGGUUAUGUUUCUCUGGUGCCCGAGAAGGCCAUUUACCAAGUUUGCUUGCCAUGAUCCACGUGAAGCACUGCACGCCCAUCCCCGCCCUGCUCGUCUGUUGUUUGGCCACUCUUAUCAUCAUGCUUGUUGGAGACACAUACACACUAAUCAACUAUGUGUCAUUUAUUAACUACCUCUGCUAUGGAGUGACAAUUAUAGGCCUGAUUGUGUUACGCUGGAAGAAACCCAAAAUCUUCAGACCUAUCAAGGUGAACCUCCUCAUCCCUGUCACUUACCUGGCAUUUUGGGCAUUUCUGCUGAUCUUCAGCAUAUACUCUGAGCCAGUUGUCUGUGGAGUCGGACUCAUUAUCAUUUUAACUGGAGUGCCAGUGUUUUUUCUUGGAGUCUACUGGAGAAACAAACCAAAGUGUGUAAAUAGGUUAACAGGUAAGCAACACCACAAUGACUUGGUGCACUCCUCACGGCCAACACUCACAGUGGGGUCUGCAGUGCUCUGCACAGCCUCCAUGCAGCCAGCGCCAACUCCUCCAGCAAGCCCAACCACCACUGCCAGUCAUGCACAGCCCUUAGACUCCUAUACAAAGCAGGCCAUGUGCUGCUUGCAGAUAGAAAUACUUUGUUUUUAAAUCAGAAGUAAUGACAAGCUGUCGGGCAGUCAGACAUGAUGUGGGUGACUCCCCGGACACGAGGAAGCAGUUGUAUUUUUGUGGCUGUGCAGCACGCUCAUGUGGGCAACUGCUUUCCUCACUCCUUGGCAUACAUGCCUCCUUUUGUGUCCCUGGGCAUCUCCCCAUCCACCCAGCUUGUUCACUGUGGCCUCAGCCACAAAGCAGAUGCACAAGAAUAUGACUUUAAGCACGUAAAGCCCAACUGAACUAUCACAAAAAGAAUGAUAAAAAGCCUUGCCUGUCCCUCACUCUGCUUUCCUCCCACCAGCACUACACAAUGCCUGUACAGCAUGAUGAAUUAUUUCAUGCUCAAAAGAUAGGAAAGCCUUACUUUAUCACUCGCAUAAAACUGCGCAAGUCAUUUGGGAUUUGGUUGUGCUUGGCUUGAAACUGCUUUGCUCUGAGGCAAAGACUUCCCAUGAGGAGAGAAGGGAAAAGGAGCCCUCACCUCAAGUGAGACGGUGCCUGCUGCCUGCAGCCAGGCUCUCCUCAGGCUCAUGGUGACCGGUAGGCCCCGGCGCUGUCUCAGGGACAGUGCAGCGCCAGGCCUGGCCCAGCUCCCCUGCCUCAUGC